AAAAGUAAAACGAUUUAAUUUAGUAAACUUAAGUAGUUUCCCUUUGACUACAUCUUAAUAAACAACAAAAUAAAAUAUAAAACAACAAAUAAAAAAAUCCUGUCUUUCAAGAAUUAAUCUAAUCAAAACACUAUCCCACACAGCAUGGGGAGCACAAACACAAAUGCUACUAAAGAUCCACAAAUCACUUAUCCUUUCCAAAAUAGAUUACGGAGCCCCUCUAAUAUCUACCGCCAAACCCACUCACCUCAGAAUGCUUGAAUCGGUACACAACGAGGGGGUCCGACUAUCCAUAGGUGCUUUCCGAUCAAGCCCCAUCAGUAGCAUCCUUAGCAUUGCUGGCAUUCCACCUUUGGGCAUCAUAUUGUCAGAACGAACACUCAAAAUCGCAGCAAGAAUGGCUCGCGCCCCCCAAGGUCUCCACUCCUCCCCCAAACACAUUUUCGACAUAUACAAAAAAUACGAUCUAGACAAAAUUCUGACAACUGAAAUGAACAUCUCCCCACCAUGGCUAAUUUCGAUGAACAUCAACCUGGACCUUCACCAACUUCCCAAGAAAUCUACAAGUACCACUCAUUACAGAAAUCUAUUCAUGGAAAUACUGUCAUCUAAACUGCAACACGCAUUCAUAUACAUGGACGCAUCGGUCAUGGUAAAUCGUGUCGAAAUGGCUAUCAUUCACGGGAAUACACAAAUGCAAUGGAAACUAUCAAACAAGUGCUCUAUUUACACCGCCGAAACACUAGCCAUUCUCAAAGCCAUCGAAUAUGCAACGCAUAAAGUUGAAGCUGAUCAGAUCAUUAUUCUAAGUGACUCACUUUCUACUCUCACGAGUAUCCAGAACCAAUGGAAACCAACUGACAUASCAAAAAAAAUCCACAAUGCACAUUCCACCGCUACWCUUWCYGGUAAACAAAUUUCCUACAUGUGGAUCCCCGGCCAUUGUAAUAUUGAAGGCAAUGAACUCGCUGACAAGGCCGCCAAACUCGCCCACCUAGCCAAUAACUCUUUCAYGUCCUUGRAUUUUACAUACCAAGACGUUAAGAGAAUCAUUGCUAAAGAUGUACAUGACCAAUGGGGAAAAAAAUGGGCAGAACAGACAACCAAAUUACAUGAAAUCAAAAGAACCACAUACCCUUGGCCGUUCCCUGCAAACAUAUCCAGGAAACACCAGACAGUCAUUACUCGCCUCAGGAUUGGACAUACCCAUAUAACCCACCAACACCUCAUGAAGAGGGAAGAACCCCCUGAUUGUACCGUCUGUGGCUCCCCUCUUACCGUCAAACACCUCCUCAGGGAUUGCAGAUGCUACGAAAAAGCGAGGAGAGAUUUGAACCUUCCGGACCAGCUCUCUGAAUUACUCAGYCCCGAGCAGAGCAAUCUCACAACUACCCUGGAAUUUCUCCGCAUCACAGGACUUCUUAACAAAAUCUAAUACAAUAAGUUAACGUAAUGUUUCAUUGUUUUCUCUCCUUUAUAUAUUGUAUCUCUACAUAAAAAUGUAUUACUAUGUAUAAUUUUGUAAAUAUAAUGUUCGUCCAAUGGCCAUAGUAGCCGCGGACUUGA